AGAGCCAUAUUUGCACAAUCAUGUUCACCAUGCCACAUACAUUCUCACUAAACACAUGCCUUUACCGAUGGACCUAGUUGUGAUAGAGACUCCAAAAAGAACACUUUAUUCAUUCUUAUCAUUUGCAUGGGGGAUGGUAGCAGAUGUGGAUAUAGAGAGUGAGAAGUACAGGUACCUUGGAGAAACUAGGUUUACCAUGGGAACUCUCUCUAGGAUAAUGAAUUUGCGUAAAUAUAGGGGACGGUUUUCAUUCUUGCCAAUAGAUGAAUCAUGGCAGCCUAAAGUAAAAAGGAGAGAGCAUGGAUGUUUUAGAAGUAAUAGAACAAUGUCAGCAGUUGGUGUGAUGGGAGGUGGGGCUCCAGCUGGACUCUAUAAACGUACCCUCAGUAUGGAUGAGAACCUACAUUCCUUGCAAAGUUCAGAACCUGGUGGAAGCCAACAGACCUUGACGCAUAAAAUGAAGAAAGGUAUUUCUAUGUAUGGUAUAUCUGAACAUGAUGGACAACUCCGAGAAGAAAAUCUGCAACAUAUCAAUGACAGCUACCAUGGUGGAACUGGAGGUAGUGAAAGUGAAAAAGACAGAUCCAAUCUGACAUCCCUUUUACCUCCUUUUGAUAGAUCUGUUCCAAAUAAUUGGGUUACAAUAGAGGAUGAGUUUAUUACGGUUUUAGGGGCAUACCAGACCCAUUUGAGCUCUGAUAUCUUUGCUGCCCCUGAUUGUAAACUCCAAGAUGGUUGCAUCCAUGUGAUAUUCCUGCGUGCCGGUGUCUCAAGGCGUGUUGUAUUACAACUGUUUUUAGACUUACAAGAUGGAACACAUACAGACUCUCACUUUAUUGAAAGUGUGAUAGUGAAAGCCUUCCGACUGGAACCACUCUCUCCCCCUGGUCAUGUCACCAUAGAUGGGGAGGAAAUAGAGUAUGGGCCAGUUCAGGGUCAGGUCUGGCCUUCUGCUGCCACCAUAAUGGCCAUAGAACAAUAAUGAGGAUGGUUACGUCUUGAAACACCUACACUCUGGAAUAUUACACAGAAGCAAAAUGAUCUGUUUAACCCCUGCCCCAUUGGUUAACAAGAUUGAAUCAAUGUUGCACAUGGUAGCACAACUAGUGCAGGUUGUUGUACCAUAGACAUAACAUCAUGUCAUUUUGGACAAGGUGGCACUAGUGCAAGUUGUCAAACCAUGAACAGUGGAUCAUGUCAGAUUGUACAUGCUAACACAUUUAGUACAAGUUGGUGGCCUGUAAGCAUCAAAUCAUACCAUAUUGUGCCUCCUAAAAAAUCAGCAAAUCAUUCCAUAAAGCCCAUGUAACACAAUAUGUACAA